UUUUAGGCUGAUAGUUGAUGAUGGUCAGUGGUGGGGAAAAUCAGAGUUAGUGGCGGCAGUGCAGUGGCAGCCUGUGAACAUGGAUGACAAGGAGAGACGUUGAUGUACUGUGGAUCUAACAGCUUUUUAAGGGAAUUCACACAGCCUAACGCCAUUAAGCACACUGGACUUGGGUUAUUUACAUGGGUUCAACCUUAAUUUGUUGGGACUAGAAUUAGGGACACUGGAGGUAGAUGUGAGGGACAGCUGAAACUGGUGAGAGAAUCCCUCUACUGGGCUCCCCCCAUCCCAGCCCUCUCCAACACCAGUCUUCAAAGCCCCAUUCCCAACAGCCAACAUGUUCUCCUCAAACUUUUUGAGUGGGGGGAAUCCUCUCAGUGCAAUGUCCUCUGCCGUAAACAAGUUCAGUCGUUUUGGGGAUGAUGAGGAAAAGCAACAACAGCAACCUCCAGGACCCUCAAAGCAGAAGGAUCCUCAACAGCAGGGGAAUGGCCAACCAGCCUCACAGGGGCCUCAGAGGCAAAGUGGACAGCAGACACAGGGUGUGGGAAGGGGAGGCCAAGGAGCCGGACGGGAUGGAUCUCAACCACAAGGAGCUGGUCGGGGAAGUCCUGUACAGCAAGGAGCUGGGAGAAGAGAUCUUUCACAUCAGGGAGUGGGCAGGGGAGGAUUGCAACAAGGAGCAAGUGGGGGUGGAUCUCCUAAGCAGGGUGUUGGGAAGGGUGGACCUCAGCAACAAGGCCUAAGUGGACCAGGGUCUCAUCCAGGAGGUGCAGUUGGCUCAGGGCUUCUUUCAGCAGAGCCUCAGGAGAAAGGUGGAGCUGGUGCUCGGGUGAAAUCCCUCUGUCCAGUCUGUAAAAAUACAGAACUCAAUCUUAAGUCCAAGGAUUCGCCCAACUAUAACACCUGCACACAAUGUAAAUCAGUGGUCUGCAACAUGUGUGGGUUCAGUCCUCCAGAUGCAACCGUUAAGGAGUGGCUCUGCUUGAAUUGCCAGAUGCAGAGAGCUCUGGGAGGGGCAGAGAAAAGCAGACCUCCUACACUAAAUGCCCAGCCACAGCCCAAGGACUAUGUACCAUCACAGAACCAUGCAAAGAAAGACACUCUUCAUAGUAAGCAGAUGCCACCAUCUGCUAGCCAGCCAACCAAACCAACAGAGGGUCAGAAACUGUCAAGCCAGUCCAGCACAAGUGCAACUCAUCCGUCGCAGCAAAUGUCACAACAGAAACCACUUCCACAGCAGACAACAAAAGGUGCUCCUCCUGACAAAACUGAGAUACCAUCAAAGACAGAGCCCUCUAAAAAAGAAGAAGAGUCUGGUUUCUUUGGUUUCGGUUUUGGUGGUGCUCGAUCCCGCUCUCCUUCUCCACAGCCUGGUGCCUCUUCUGUUUCUGGAAAGGUUCUAGGCUUUGGUUCUUCAUUCCUUAGCUCAGCAUCCAAUUUGAUGUCAGCUGUCCAGGAUGAGCCCUCCACAACCCCACCAACCAAGGGUUCCACUGUCUCCCAAACCUCUGCCAAGAACACCACACCCCCUUCCUCAAGAAAAGGCUCAGAGGCCUCUAAGGGCUCCCCCAACGUUCCUAGAUCACAGACACAGGAGGGAAAAAUUCAACAGCAACAAAAUAAACCCCAAGUAACUCAAAAAACAACGACAACAAAGGAAUCCUCACCUGCUCAGGAAACUAAAUUAGAUCAAAGCCCGAAACCUCCUCCCAAAGCCUGUCCACUCUGCAAGGCAAACCUGAGAAGAGAUCCUCCCAACUAUAGUACCUGCACUGAAUGCAAGGCCACUGUGUGUAAUCAGUGUGGAUUUAAUCCUGUGCCUCAUCAAACAGAGGCAAAAGAGUGGCUUUGCUUAAACUGCCAGACACAGAGAGCACUGAAAGGAAUAGAGCCUGUGGAAAAACCCACAAUAACGUCCCAAACACAGCCCAGCAAGUCUCAAAAGAUGAAAUCUACACAUGGUCCUUUAGAGAAACACCCCACGUCUCAGCCAACAAAGACUAGUCCUGCCAACCAACCUGGUGCAGCAGGAGCAAAGCAAGCUCUCUCCUCUAUGUCUUCACAGCAACUGACAGCAAAAAAUGCCCCCUCUUCUGUGUCUAAAGCAGUACCACAGACUGAUACUGAGCAAGAACAGUCAGGAUUUUUUGGCUUUUCAGGCUUUGGUGGAGCACGAUCACCAUCCCCUCAGCCCAAUGUUUCAGCCAUGUCUGGGAAGGCUCUAGGAUUUGGGUCGUCCUUCCUGAGCUCAGCGUCUGAUCUCAUUUCAUCAGCGGUUCAAGAUGAACCUUCUACAACACCUUUGGUCUCUCAAACUUUCCUCAAGACUACUACUCCACAAACGUCUGUAACAUUGCAAGGGGCUGCCUUAUCAGCAUCUACAGGAAAGGCUAAUCAAUCAGAUGAUCAGAAAGAAGAGAAAAAGACAGAGCUAACUGCUGACCAAAAGAACAAAGCACCAGUAUCUCAAAUUAAAAAAACAGAACCUUCUUCACAGAUGCCAAAAUCAGACAAAGGCCCUCAAACCUUGCCCAAAUCCUGUCCACUCUGCAAGGUACAAAUCCAAAAGGACCUUGACAACUACAACACUUGUACUGAGUGCAAAAACACUGUUUGCAAUCUCUGUGGAUUCAACCCCACACCGCAUCAAACUAAGUUGAAAGAAUGGCUUUGUCUAAACUGUCAGACUCAAAGAGCUCUAAGAGGAAUGGAGCCACCAGGACUUCCAAAGUUGGAGACCGCAGCGCAGCCCAACAAAAUCCCUACCACUCAACCAUUGGCUAUACCCUCAAUUCAAAAGAAAGGUGUUUCUGAAUUAGAAAAGUUAGGCGAGAAAACCGACCCUCCUCAGAAAUUACAAGAACAACAAGCCAAGUCUCCAAAUGGUACUCUGCCAAUCCAAAAAGCCCAGCAGCAAGAAAAUGAAGCCAAAUCUGAAGUUCCUGCCAAGACAGCCAAGAAAGAUUCUGGAUUGUUUGGUUUUGGUGGUGCUAGGUCAAGGUCUCCAUCUCCUCAGCCUGCUAUGUCUGCUGUAUCUGGGAAGGUUCUUGGCUUUGGUUCCUCCUUUUUCAACUCAGCAUCUAAUUUAAUAUCCUCAGCUGUGCAAGAUGAGACUUCUACAACACCACCAACCUCCCGCAAAGCUUCCACAGUUUCCCAGACCUCAACACCACCCACAUCUCGGAAGAGCUCUGCUGUUCCACAGACUUUAAAUGCAGGGCAUACUAAACAACCUACUGCGCAAAAACAAGAAAUAAAGAUUUCUGGAUCACCUCAGCUAGCAAGUAAAUCUUCUGUGAAAACAAUAACAGACCAAACAUUGUCUGCAAAAGUUGACAAAACUCCCCUGCCUCUUCCCAAAAUCUGUCCACUUUGCAAGACAGAUAUUAGCUGUGAUCCUCCUAAUUUCAACACCUGCACCAAUUGCAAAAACAUUGUGUGCAACCAUUGUGGAUUUAACCCCACACCUCAUCAAAUAGAGGUUAAGGAAUGGCUCUGUUUGAAUUGCCAGAUAAAGAGAGCAUCCGAACCUUCAAGUAUAAAUCCUCAGCUGCAGACUGAUGCUGGUUCACGACAAGACAAAACAGCUCCACAUCAGCCUUCUCCAGGAGCCAGUAGAACUGAGGACCAGUCAAAAACAGCACUUGGAAAACCAACUACUAAAUCUACAAUACAACAUCUCCUAAAGGAAAAACCAGCACAGAAAGAAACUAUAAAAUCUCAAGAGCCAAAAGAGAGUAGUGCACCAGCCAGAUCCGAAACAACAACACAAUCAGAUUCCUCCAAAAAAGAUACAGGUUUAUUUGGCUUUGGUUUUGGUGGUGCUCGAUCUCGAUCACCUUCUCCUCAACCUAUUGUCUCAGAGAAGGUUCUAGGCUUUGGUUCCUCGUUUCUCAGCUCAGCAUCAAAUCUCAUAUCUUCUGUAGUUCAAGAUGAAUCCUCCAUAACACAGCCAACACCUCGUAAAGGUUCAACAGUUUCCCAGACCUCAGUGAAGUCUACAACGCCACCCACCUCUCGUAAGGGUUCAUUGGUUUCUCAGACAUCUUUCAAAACCACAUCAGCUGUGGCAGCAUCAGCUACAUCCCAUAAGGGAUCCAAAGCAUCCCAAGACUCGACAAAUAUGCAUGCUGAGGGAAAUAAACCUCUUUCUCAAAAACAAUUGGAAGACAAGCCCAUGCAGUCUCAGCCUUUCAAAUCACAAUCUAUACUUCCAUCAAAGCUUCAAGAAGCUAAUAUGUCCUCUCAGUCUCUCCCUAAAGAAUGCCCACUUUGCAAAGUUGAGCUCAAGAAAGAUCCUCCUAACUUCAACACCUGCACUGAAUGCAAGAGGAUUGUGUGUAACCUCUGUGGGUUUCUCAUGCCUCAUCAAAUCAAGGCACAGGAAUGGCUUUGCUUAACCUGUCAAGUGCAGCGAGCAUCAGUCCAAUCCUAUGCAGAGCCUCAAGAUCAAACUAAGAAAGUAGCCCCAGUGCCAAAGAAGAAGGAGCAAGAUGUUCCAGAAACUAGGCAGAAGAAACAAAAUCCAGAGGAAGCUACCAAUACUGGUCAGAAAACAGUUGUAGUUGGGGGAAAGGAGGCAAUUGAUGUGAAGACCUCACAGCAGAUGAAAUCGGACAAGCCCCAAGAAAAACAAUCCAAGCCACCCAAGGUUGAGCCUAGUCAAGAGGAGUCUGGAUUUUUCGGUUUUGGCUUUAGCGCGGCUCGAUCUAGGUCUCCUUCUCCUCAGCCUGCUUCUGUUGUGUCUGGCAAAGUUUUGGGCAUUGGUUCCUCCUUCCUUAGCACAGCUUCUAAUCUAAUGUCUUCAGCUGUUCAGGAUGAACCUUCCACAACACCACCAACCUCCCGCAAAGGUUCAUCAGUUUCAGAAACAACACCACCUUCCCGCUCCCGUAAAGGGUCUACAGUAUCUCAGUCAUUGUUCAACAACAACGCAACAUCACCUAGCUCACAAAAAGGAUUUGAAACCACAAAAGGUUCUCAGAAAGCUCAACCUAGUAAAGAUCCUAAACCAUCAACUGAACAGAAACAAGAGGAGAAGGCACCAUUACUUCAACAAGCUAAGGAGCCAUCAAAUACAGUGAAACAGGAUAGAGAGACACCUAUAUCCAAGCCUCUUGCCAAGGUCUGCCCACUCUGUGAGGUGGAGUUACAGAAAGAUCAAUAUAACAGCUGCACUGAAUGCAAAAAUAUUGUAUGUAACUUGUGUGGGUUCAACCCUAUGCCCCAUCAAAAUGAGGUGAAGUGGCUUUGCUUGGCGUGUCAGAUGCAGAAAGCACCAGAACCUCUCCCUUCACAGCUUCAGCCACAUGCUAAGGAAGUUGCACCACUUAAAAUGGGCACUCCCAAUCUAGAUGUUUCACAGAAGAAGCCACAUCUUCCAGCAGAUUCACUUCACAAGGAUAAGAAACCAGAAGUUGCAGACAAACAAGUAAAUAAGCAAACUUUAGCUGGAGAUAAACAAUCCACCCAACAAGGACCAAAACAACAUCAUAUUGCAGAAUUUCCAAAGUCAGAAUCUAAAAAAACUGAUCCGCAACCAGACAAAUCUGGAUUCUUUGGGUUCGGUUUUGGAGGAGCUAGAUCUCGAUCACCUUCUCCUCAGCCUGCUGUCUCUGCUGUUUCAGAGAAGGUUCUAGGGUUUGGUUCUUCAUUUUUAAGCUCAGCAUCUAAUCUAAUCUCAACAGCUGUUCAAAAUGAGACUUCUACAACACCAUCUAGUUCUCGCAAGGCUUCAAUAGCUUCUCAAAUGUCUGAUAAGACACCACCAACCUCUCGUAAAGGUUCUGCAGUUUCACAAAUCUCCAAUAAAGUUAAUACCACUCCACCUUCCACUCGUAAGGUUUCAACAGCUUUUCAGAUGUCUGUUAAAUCAACUCCUCCAACCUCACAGAAGGAAUAUGAAGCUACAGUAAACUCUAAAAACACUGAAAAAACAGAUGGGGCAAAAACUACAGAUUCAGAGAAAGGGCAAGAAACCACUAAAGGAGCUACCCCACAGCAAGAAGAUCAAGGAAAGACCCAAGAUGGAAAUGUUCCUGUCGCCUCUAACAUCCCAGAAGAGUCUAGAUCUCAGUCUCCUUUACUUCCACAUGCAGCAUCUGCAGUCUCUGGGGAGGUUCUUGGAUUUGGUUCCUCCCUCUUUAGCUCAGCAAGUAAUCUGAUCCCAUCAGCUGUUGAUGAGCCAUCUACAACACCGCCCAUGUCUCUUAAAGGUUCCUCAUCUUCCCAACUAUCUGCUAAGACUACAACCCCACCCUCUUCUCAUAAAGGCUCAUUGGUUUCCCAGACAUCAGACAAGAUUACCACUCCACCUUCCUCACGAAAGGGCUCUGGAGUUUCUCAGAUAUCUCUCAAGACCAGCACACCCCCUGCUUCCUCAAAAGGAUCUGAUGUCUCUCCUAAAAUGCUUCCUUCAGAUGACAAAAAAGUACAUGCUGAAAAUAUACAAGAACAGAUAAAAAAAGAAAAGACAUCCAUGGCCAGCCAGGCACAGCCAACAACUGUAUCAUUUACAAAAGAUACAGACCUACCAGAAACAACAAGGACAGAGGCCACUAAAUCAUUGCCCAAAGCCUGCCCUCUAUGUAAAGUCAAUUUGCAGAAGGAGCCUCCCAAUUAUGAUAACUGUACUGAGUGCAAAACCACUGUGUGUAAUCUAUGUGGUUUUAACCCCAUGCCCCAUGAGACAGAGAAAAAGGAGUGGCUAUGUCUGAACUGCCAGAUGCAACGAGCUCAAGCUCAGACUGAUAAAGUACCUCAACCAGUACCACCACAAAAGAAAGCAACACCAACUUCUGUUCCUCCACAGAAGAAGCCACUUGAUUACACAGAUGUUACUGAGAAAGAAAAGACUGCACUAUCUGCAGGUUUAACACCAGGGUCUAGAAAGGCAAGUGCUGUCCCACCAACACAAAAGCUACCCCAGCAGCAGGACAUCAAAAAUCAAGUACAGCCAACACAGAAGGAUGAUACUGUAUACACAAAAUCUAAAGCCACUCCAAAGACUUCAUCCACAAAAGAAGAGAGUGGCUUGUUUGGUUUUGUACGCUCUAGAUCACCUUCUCCCCAACCUGCUGUUUCCAGUGUUUCUGGAAAGGUCUUUGGAUUUGGUUCUUCUAUGUUGAGCUCGGCUUCUAAUCUUAUCUCCACUGCUGUACUAGAUGAAUCCUCCACCACAGUCCUUGCAACUCAGGAGGUUUCAGCAGCUUCUCAAACUCCUGUGAUGACAACAUUAACAUCAACUACUUCUCAGAAAGGAUCAGUUGAUGUUUCACCAAAACAGGGAGCUAAAUCUAUUGAAGGAGAGCAGAAAGACAAGAAACCUGAAGAGAAAAUGACAGAAGUUCAGGAAAAAGCAGUAAUAAAAGAGGUUGACCAGAAGUCAGAGCCACCAAAAGCUUGUCCUCUUUGUAAAGCAGAAAUAAUGAAGGAUCCACCAAAUUACAGCACGUGUACUACUUGCAAGAGCACUGUGUGUAAUCUCUGUGGAUUCAACCCAGUGCCACAUCAAACUGAGGUGAAGGAAUGGCUGUGUUUGAACUGCCAGAUGCAGAGAGCUUCUCAACCUCCAGUUGUGAAACCAGGAACUCAAACUACUAAAUUACCUCCACCUGCAUCCCACAAAAAACAAGACACUGGGGGUGUUGUAGCAGAGGAUCAGAAACAAGAAUGGAAACCCAAUAUUGCAGAUUCCAAACAAAUUACAUCAGAUGUCCAAAUCCAGAAAAAUGUCUUACCUGUCAAAUCUGACAAACAAGAUUCAGAUUUUUUCAGCUUUGGUUUUGGUGGUUCUCAUUCAAGGUCACCAUCUCCUCAGCCCACUUUGUCUGUUGUCUCUGGGAAGGUUCUAGGCUUUGGUUCCUCCUUGCUUAGCUCAGCAUCCAAUCUGAACUCCUCUGCUGUCCAGGAUGAACUUUCUAAAACUCCACCAACAUCACGCAAAGGGUCUACAGUUUCCCAGACUUUGAAUAAGACAACACCAACACCUCCCACUUCUCGAAAAGCAUCAGUAGCUCCACAAGACAAUAAAGCAAAUUUUCCUGCAGCAGAAUCAAAUUUAAUCUCUUCACCAAUCCAAGAACAGAAAAAGCCACCAGAUGCUCAAUCAUCCAAACCUAUACAAGCUCAAGUGAAAGAGGAGCAUCCAAAAACUUGCCCACUCUGUAAAGAGACCCUUAGGAAGGACCCACAGAACUAUAGCUCUUGUACUUCUUGCAAAAGCAUUGUUUGCAAUCUCUGUGGAUUUAAUCCCAAUCCACAUCAGACUGAAGUGAAGGAGUGGCUGUGUUUGACCUGCCAGAUGCAGAGAACUUCAGGUCCUCCCCCAGCUCAACCACAGUAUAAUAAAGUACUUUCACCAGCAUUUCCACAAAAGGAAGAUAUUCCAGAGAAGAAGCAAAGUGUUAAAGAUGAGCAAGAAAAGAAACCUCAUGUAGAGACCACAACACCAGCCACACCAAAUACUAAAAUAUCUAAAAGUGAUGCUUUUCCUCGCAUGUCUGCUCCACUACCUAAAGGUGAACAGAUUAAAGAAGAGUCAAGUUUCUUUGGUUUUGGUGGUGCCCGAUCUCGGUCUCCCUCUCCUCAAACAGCUGUCUCUGAUAAGGUAUUUGGUUUUGGAUCCUCUAUCUUCAGCUCAGCAUCUAACCUGAUAUCUUCAGCUGUUCAGGAAGAAUCCUCCACUAAAACUCCACCAACAUCUCGCAAGGGAUCUACAGUUUCACAGACUUUAAAUAAGACCACACCAACACCACCCACUUCACGAAAAUCAUCAUUUGCUCCUCGGGAUGCUAAACAAGAACCACCUGAAGGGGAAUCAAAGCCAGUUGUUACAUCAAUGCAAGAAUCAAAGCAAGUACAGAAAACCCCAGAUCCUAAUCUAGCCAGACCUCCACAUGCUCCAGAGGAGCUUCUGAAAACCUGUCCACUUUGCAAAGAAACCCUCCAGAAGGACCCACGGAACUACAGCUCUUGUAGUUCUUGUCAGAAAAUUGUUUGUAAUCUCUGUGGAUUCAAUCCCAAUCCACAUCAAACCGAGGUGAGGGAGUGGAUAUGCUUGACCUGCCAGGUAGAGAGAACCUCAGGACUUCCCCUUGCUCAACCACAACCACAAUCCAACAAAGUAGCACCAGCAUCUAUGGAAAAGAAAGCAACUCAAAUUCUACCUUCUCCAGAAAAGAGGCAGAGUGUUCCUGCUGAGCAGGACAAGAAACCUCCAGUAGAGACUAAAAAACCUGCAAUUACUCCAACACCAAAUCCUCAAAAGUCUACUGGUGAAGCUUCUACUUCCAAAUCUAGUCCGUCAUAUAAAGUUGAACAGACUAAGGAAGAGUCUAGUUUCUUUGGAUUUGGUUUGGGAGGUGCUCGAUCCCGGUCACCUUCUCCUCAAUCUGCUGUCUCUGAGAAAUUUAUGGGUUUUGGGUCGUCGUUCCUUAGUUCAGCAUCUAAUCUGAUAUCCUCAGCCAUUCAGGAUGAGUCAACCACCAAAACCCCACCAAGUUCUCGUAAGGGAUCCACUGUGUCCCAAAGUUCUUUUAAGACAACACCAACACCACCUACCUCUCGGAAAGUUUCAGAAUCACAAUUCACAGAAAAAAAUAAACCACAAGAAGAAGCCAAACUCCUUAAUGCCCAAAAACAGGAUGAAAAGAAAAAAGAAGGAAAUAAACCACAGGAUGAGAUGACCAAAGAACCAGUCAUUGAUGUGAAAAUUAACAGACCAGCCCUGGAGCUUCCAAAAACCUGUCCAAUCUGUAAAGUGGACAUAAAGUGGGUUCCACCAAAUUACAACACUUGCACUGAAUGCAAGGACAUCAUGUGCAAUAUGUGUGGAUUUAAUCCCAUGCCACAUAAAUCAGAGGUUAAGGAAUGGCUGUGUUUGAACUGUCAGGGAAAGAAAGCUCAAGUGUCUUCCUCUGGCCAACCACAGCCACAGGUUAGCAAAGCACCUUCACCAACAAUACCAGAAAACAAGGAGGCUCUCAUACAUACUCCAAUUCCAAUGUCUUCAAAAAAUAAGCCAGAUGUCACUGGGAAGAUAAACACAUCAGUUGUUACAGAGAAUCAAGAGAACAAACCUAUACAAGCUACAGCACAAUCAACUGAAAUGCCAAAACGUGAUCAUUCUCCUGCAAAAUCAUCUGUACAACAGAAACCAGAACCUUCUAAAGAAGAAUCAGGUUUCUUUAGCUUUGAUUUUGGCGGUGUUCGAUCUGGAUCCCCUCAGCCUUCAGUGACUGAUGUCUCAGGAAAGGUUCUAGGCUUAGAAUCUUCCUUUUUGAGCUCUGCAUCCAAUCUAAUCUCCUCAGCCAUUCAAGAUGAGUCCUUCACAACACCACCAACUUUUCGUAAGGCUUCCACAGCUUCUGAAACAUCUACAAAGACUACAACACCACCAACGUCUCGCAGGGCAUCUGUGGUUUCCCAAGCUUCAGUUAAGACUUCACAAACACCACCUGCUUCUAGGAAAGGAUCUGUUACUUCUCAAAAAGUUCCCCCUACUGACACAAAAGCACCUAUAACAAACAAACCACAGGAGGACAAAGCAAAUGAGAAGCAGGUGCAACAGGCUUCAGCAGUACCUGAAGCUUCAGUAGUAGCAGUUGCAGCUCCUAAAGCAGAAAACAAAGAAUGUCCUCUUUGCAAAGUCUAUCUCAAUGUGGGUUCAAAGGACACUCCUAACUACAAUACCUGCACUGAGUGCAAGAACACUGUUUGUAACCUCUGUGGAUUCAACCCAACACCCCAUCAAAAGGUCAAAGAAUGGCUUUGUUUGAACUGCCAAACACAGCGAGCUUUAAAUGGAAUGGAACCACAAGGACCUCACAAAAUAAAGACCCAUGAACAAUCUGAAAAUUUCUCCAUCUCAGCACCACCUCCAAGAACAGAAUGUACAACACAAGGGGCACCAUCAUUAGUGUCAACCAUGGUUCCAGAUGUUGCUGAAACCCAAAAGAAAGAGAUUCAAGCUGUGGCCAUUCUUGAUGAAGCUAAGACUCCUGUUUUAUUGGAAGUGCAAAAGAAAGCAUCAGUCUUAGCUAAAGAGAAAGAAACAUCAGAUUCAAAGAACGAUAAAAAAUCUGACAUACUCUUAAAGGAGUCUGAAAAGUCCCCAGAAAAAGCAGCUCCGCCUCCACAGGUAGAGCCACCAAAACAGGAAUCCAGUUUCUUUGGUUUUGGAUUUGGUAGUCCUAAGGUAAAACCUGCUUCAAAGCCAUAUGAGUCAACCACUGGGAAACUCUUGACGGAAACAGCAAGAUCUCGAUCACCGUCACCACAGUCUGUUUCUGCUGUCUCUGGAAAAGUUCUGGGCUUUGGAUCCUCUUUAUUUAGCUCAGCAUCGAAUUUAAUCAGCUCAGCUGUUCAAAAUGAACCUUCCACUACACCAUCAACUUCUAGAAAGGCAUCCACAGUGUCCCAGACCUCUAUUAAGACUACUCCUCCCACAUCUCGUAAAGGAUCUGCAGUUGCACUAGACUGUAGUAAGAUUGAGGACACCAAACCACAUGCACAACAAGGUGCAGGGGAACCAAUGGAGAAGAAACCAGAAAUCAAGCAAGCCACAGCACCCAAACCACCUCAAAAACCUACUCCUGAAGAAGUCAAGAUUAACUGUCCAUUAUGCAAAGUGCAACAAGAUGUCAAGAAUUUUAACACAUGCACAGAAUGCAAGAAAACAGUGUGCAGACAAUGUGGAUUUAAUCUAAUGGCUCAUCAAGCAGAGGUUGAGGAAUGGCUCUGUCUAAAUUGCCAGGUACAACGGGCACAGGCAGGGAUGAAAACAUCUGAACGUCCCACAGUGAAACCUCAGCUAGUUCCCUUAGUGAAAGACAACCAAACUCCAUCCAAAGUUGAAAUGGUAUCUACAGCUCCAGUUGAAACCAAACUGGAUGAGAAGCCUGCUGGAGAUGAAAAGAAUGCUGUCUCUCAUCAAGAAAUAAAGAAAGAGUUUACUGUAGAGAGUACUGAUGCCAAGGCAACUGAUGAAAUCACCCCAACAAAAGAGCCUCCUAAGCAAAACAAAACUCAACCAAAUCAUGCGAAAACUCAGCAAGAGCCACCCAAGGAUACAACCACUCCUGUAAAAUCUGCUAUACCUACCGAGCUUGGACCCCCAAAACAGGAAUCACAUUUUCUGGGUUUUGGAUUAGGUGGUCCUAAAGCACAGCCUACAUCUUCUAAACCAUCUGAGUCAAACACAGGAAAGUUCUUUGGUGGAUUUGGUGGCCUGACAGAAACAGCUAGAUCUCGAUCUCCAUCCCCACAGUCAGUUUCUGCUGUCUCUGGGAAAGUUCUGGGUUUUGGAUCCUCACUAUUUAGCUCAGCAUCUAAUCUGAUCUCCUCAGCUGUUCAAGAUGAGUCAUCUACAACACCCCCGACUCCACGAAAAGGCUCCACAGUUUCUAUUGAGUCUGGUAAAUCUACCACAGCACCAGCUUAUCGCAAAGGCUCAAUGGCUUCUGCCAAGACAACACCGCCAGCAUCCUGCAAAGGAUCUGCUGCAACAGAACCCAACAAAGUACUUCCUGAAAAAGAGAACAAUGCACCUGUUGGAAAGAAACCUGAGCAGCUCAAUGAGAGCAAAGUAUCAAGGUUACCUACUUCAGAAAUGGAUAAACCUAAACAACAUCCUGAAAGUUUAACUCAACCAUUCACCUGCCCACUCUGCAACGUGGAUCUUAACAUGGGCUCAAAGGACCCUGCUAAUUACAACACCUGCACUGAAUGUAAAAACAUUGUAUGUGAUCUCUGUGGAUUCAACCCUAUGCCUCACCUUGCUGAGACUGAGUGGUUGUGUUUGAUUUGUCAAACACAGAGAGCUCUAGCUGGGCAGCUGGGAGACAUGGGAAAAAUAACAAUAUCCAGCCCAGUAUCCACAAAAGAAAAGCCUACAGUCACACCCAAAACACAGCUGUCUGAGACUUCUGCACAGACACCUAUGCCAAAAUCUGAGCCAAAACCAUCAGAGGCAGAGGAGGAGAAAACCAUCCCUGCUACUGUUGCAAAGGCAGUGGUGACCAUUCCAGUGUUCCCUGCACCUCUCCCUGCUGUUCCUAAUGCAGAUAUGCUGCAGACAGAGAUGGCCGCUGUGGUGGCACAAAUAUCAGCUGCAGAGACUCAGAAAGCUGUUAUUACUUCUGCUGCAGUCACUUUAAAAGAAACAGUCAAAGACAAAGUCCCAGAUGAGACACAAGUAGAGAAAGAACCGAUGUCUAUGCUUCCAGCAGUGUCAACUGAGACAGAUAAGGUUAAAGAGGAUACAUACACUCAACCUGCAAUAGAAGGACAACAAAAAGAUGUUGUGGUACAGAUAGAUAGCAGUCUUCCAGAAAUUUCUAAAGUAGACACCUUAAAAGCAGAUAUUAAAGAGCAACAUAGAAAGGACAUCUUUCCGGUAUCGGUAGAAUCAUACAGCUCGGCUGAGGAGGAGCUUAAGGAGAUACAGAGAGUCAGUGAAAUGACCAUAAAAGAAACUACGACAAAACUGUUGCCUGUCAGAACAUCAGACAGUGUAAAACAAUACCAUGAGGACAGCAGUGAGAGUGAACCCUCCCCUCAUAUACAGAGAAGAAGAGUGAGGCCUGCUUCCUCCAGCAGUGAGGACUACAAACUAGACAGUUCAAAUUCCGGAGAUGACGAAGAGUUCAUACGAAGACAACUUAUGUGCAUGGGUGAAGAGGAGAACUUACCUUCUGUUGAGGAAAAACACAGAGAAGAACAACAAACACCGCAAGAAACCAGAGACGUCGAAAAAUCUGAUGAUUCCUUGAAGACUAAACAUGUUCUAAAGAAACUUAGUGUAGAGCCUGAGGAGAUUUCUGAUAUCAGUCUGUCUUCUCGUGACCAAGAUGAUCAAGUUGCCCAAGCCAUCCCUGUCCCAGAAGCAUUAGAAGAAAUCAGAGUGGAAAUAGAUGUGUCAAAUGACAAUGAAAAUAUCAUAGCUAAUGACACCACAGCCAUUACACAAAAAACUCCUGUUAGACAGACCACAGAGGAACAUGAGAGUCUGAUUGAAGACUCAUCUAAGGGUGAUGGGUCGUCCAGUGUUCAGGUGUCUAGCAUCACGCCAGGAACAGCUUCUCCUACUUCCGUAUCCUCUAUUGAUGAAGACAGUGAUAGUAGCCCAAGUCAUAAAAAGGCAAAAGCAGAGGGUAGACAGCAAAGAAAGGCAAAACACAGACCUCAUGGCCAAGCCCUUCCCACUAUAGAGGACUCGUCUGAGGAUGAUGAGUUACGUGAGGAGGGUGAAAACAUGGAUCACGAAGAAGAAAGAGAUGAUCAGCAGCAGUUAAGAAAGGCCACAAAAAAAUUUAAGAUGGAAAGAGAUGAUCUGGGCAUGCGAAGGAGACGUGAUAAUUUGAUUAAAACUGAUAAAUUAAGGAAGGCAACAGGGAUGGAUGAACAGAAGUCCUCUUCCUUCUCUGACUUUUCACCUAGUUUUGAAUCUGAACCAGAAAAUGCAGAAUACAGAACAUUAUCAUCUGAAACACAUGAUGCUGCAGAGAAGCCAUUAAAGAGUUCUGAAGAGGUAUAUGAGGAAAUGCUGCAGAAAGCACAGGAAUACACAACAUCAGAGAAAUUCACACCACCCGAUAUUGAACCAUUAUACGGAGGCAUGUUAAUAGAGGACUAUGCUUAUGAAACUUUAGUUGAAGAACAAGAACAGGCUGCAACAGCUCUUGGUAAAGUCACCCAUGAGCAAGAUUUGAGAAAGCUGUCUGAACAUGAGUCGGUGAGAAUACUUAUGACACCAGAUGAGGCUUAUGAGGAGGUGUUGCAUAAAAGGAGCAAGAUCCUGCAAAAAGAGAAGGAGACUCAGCAAACACAUGCAACAAAGGUUGACACAUCCUUGCCACUUGAUGUCAGUGACACUUGUUAUGUGACUAUUUCUGGAAAUGAUGCACUUAUUACAGAUAAAAAUGCAAAGCCACUGUCACCAACAGAGAAUGCCUAUGAAGAGCAAUUGAAGACACAGCAAGAUGUUUUAACACCGGGAACAAGUCCAACACAGUCAACUCCUGUGUCUCCUGCCUCCCCUCUAACUGUGUCUGAGUCAUCAUAUGAUUCCCCUGAGGUGAUUCUCAUCCCUUCAAGUGGGGAAGAAGACAACCUUGCUGAACCUAUAGAAUGCAUUUUGGAGCCUUAUAUUACAGAGUCCACAUCGACUCAGGAUGCAUUUGGGAAUAAAGCGUUAUAUCCAAUUCCUGACUUAAAGAUUACCCAGUGCUCCUCUGGUGAAGAGGAAGUUGAAGAGGAGUACUGUGUCACAUUGGAAAAAAUGUCAUCUGAGCCAACUAAUAUCCCUCAAAGUGAAGAGGAACCACAAGACCCAGAAGAAUCAUUUGAGAAUCUUCCCAUUUCUGUAAUCUGUGAAGUUCCCUCAUCAAAACAUAUUGUGGAGACAACAGCAAUAUCACCACUAUCUCCACCAACAGUCUCAUCCCCAGAUUCAAAUAUAGAACUAACAACAGCACCAUCAUCCUCUCCGGUUUCUGACCAGACAUCUGAAUUAACCACUCCAGCUAGCCCCAGUGUUGCUGAAAUUUCUGCCCCAGUUGUAAUUCACAUGCCAGACUUGGUGUCUGAGCAAGCCACAACAUACCCAUCAGCAAGUGCUCCUGUUGCACCUUCCACACAUAUUAUUGGAUCCCCUUCACCGGUCAUUCCAGCCUCACCACAUGUCUCAGAAAAUGCUGGCACUCCGACUCCUUCUGAAAAUCUUGUUUCAAAGCCAACACCAGGUCCAAAACCAAUUCCUGCACCAAAACCAACAGUUAUACCACAACCUAAACAGGAAACGGUCCCUACUCCAGAUAGUCUUUCAUCCUUUAUACUGAAUUCAGCUAAUCAAGAUUUAGCUCAGAAACCUUUGGCCAGUGCAAUACAUGAAUCACUUUCAGAUUCUAAAUCAGACUCUAUAAACAAACAAGCUGUUGCACAAAUAAUUGAUCCAAAAGUAGACUAUGUAAAAACUCAUAAUACUAAUGUUGCUACACCCAUUGUUCAGUCUCAGAAAAGACCUUUAACACAAACCUCUGUUGUUGUUCAAAUGCCCGAUCUUGUGUCCCCUGCUUUAGACCAUCCAGUUCUAGAACAAACUCAAGUUUCAGCGCCUAACCUGCCAUCCACUGCACUCAGAAAUCAGAUUCCUACACCUACCACCGUUGUUGUCCAAAUGCCAGAACUGGUUACAUCUCCAUCUCAAUCAAUCUCUGGGACUUUUCCAGUACCUUCUCUAACCUAUGCCCCACUUCCAGCUACAGUUUCAGCAGUGGAUCAAGCACCUAUUUCUGUUCCAACAAUGGUAUCAGCCCCGAUACCAGCAAAGGUUAUCUCUACAGACCAGACUAGCUCAGCUGUUGAAGUGGUCACACCACCAUCUGCUCAAUCCAGUAUUCCUGGUUCGGCAAAAGAGACUCAACCACCAACGAGUGUUUCUAUUCAGAUUUCUGUUCAGAUGCCAGAAGAAACCAGAUCCCACAUGGCACCCCAGUUAGGCCAGGCAGCCCCUAUUUUACCUCCAGCCGGUCAUAGAGAGCAUAUUGCUGCAAAGACAGUCUCUGUUGUUUCUCCCACUGUUACUACAACUGUUGCUUUUGGAACUUCAUCCUCCCAACCAGUUCAAUCAAUGCUGACCAAUAUUCAGCCAACAAUGGUGGAAAUUCAGAAAGAAAAUGCACCAGAUGAUGGAAUUUCUUCCCAACAGCCAGAUUCACAAAUAAUUUCUCCUGUACAGACAGAGCAAGGUCAAGUUGUUGUUAAAUUGCCAAAUCUUGAAAAUGUGGCAUUUAAAACAACUAUUGAAGAUGGGAGAGGCCACCCUGUUAUUGUUAGUGUUUCUCCUUUUACCUAUCCAAGCGAAAUGUCAAGUUUCAUCACUGAUUCAACAGUUCCACAUUGUGUGACAUCUGCAAAACCCCAUGUUUCUCAUGAAAGAACAGAUAAACCAGUGAUUUCAUUUCCACCACCUCCUCAAGCUUCACCACCAGAAUUGCCAUAUACCGCAGUACCCAAGGCUGAUUUUAACCAGCAAAAGACUAUUCCAACUCCCUCAUCAGUUACAGCAACUCUACCCAAACCCCCACCAAAUGUGGCCAGUAUAAAUAUAAAAUCAGCUGUGACCCCAACACACAAAUCCCCACCCGCUGUUCCCCCCAAACCUGUAUGCAUUCCACCAGGACUGGUAUUUAGUCACAGAUCAAGAGAGAGCGUUAAGCCACCAGUUAGCCCUGAGACAGUAGUUGUUCAAGCAGUUCGUGCUGCAACUUUGCCAAGAACAAGGGAACCUCCAAAUGCAUUGUCACUAAGUUUGACUGCCCCUGUAGAGACCAAGCACAGUGCUUCAUCACCAAAAUCACCUUUGUCACCCAGAUUUGCUAGAACUCUUGAAACAUAUGUGGUGAUAACAUUGCCCUCAGAACCAGGAUCACCUGUUGAGAGCAUUACAACUCAAGCACCGAUGAGAAGAUCAUCACUGCCAACUCCCAGACAGCAGGUUCAAUCUGUGUUUGCUCUAGAUUCAGUGGAUGCACCUGUGUCAUUAAUUUCUGCACAAAUUGUAGCAGCUCCACCAAAGCUUUCCUCAGUUUUAAAUGCAGCUGUGCCCCUUGAGGUGAUGUCACCUGACAUUGCUUCAGUCACAACAGAGACUUUAGCUGCUGUUUCAAGACAAAGUAUUACAGAUCUUUGUGUAACAGUCCCAGAGCUGCAAGUUGCUUCUGUACAAACAUUUGUUUCAGCACCUCUUGUAGUGGCAUCACCAGGAGUAGCACAGUCUAUGGCUGUUGUUCCUCAUAUCACAAUGGAGAAUACAAUUAAUUCCCCAUCUGCAAUUAUAACACCACAUGAUACAGCAUCAGUUGUAAUUGCACCUACUGUUUUGAUUCCAGCAGCACCUGUUGCAGCAGCACCACCACCGCCCAUUGCUAUGGAACCAACAGGAUAUUCAGCUAUAGUGUACCCCACACCUUCCUUGAUUUCUCCUCUUCUCUUAGCUCCACUGUCAGGAGUUUCUGCUGAUUCUGUUCCUCACAAUACAGUGAGUGAUGUGCAACAUGAACUUGAAAUGCAACAAAUGCAAACAACAUAUUCUAGUCCAAUAACAAUAACCCAGAUUCCAAUCCCAGCUAAAAAUGAAGACAUUCCUAGUUUGGAUAUGGAAGAAGUACUAAUAGUCUCAGCUUCUGAAGAGGUCUUACCUGAACUGGGUCCAUUACCAGUACCAAUAACACAGCUUCGAGGGCACCAAGCAGUUUAUGAGCAAAAAAAAGAAAUCCCAGCAAUGAAGUCUGCAACAACUGUGCCACCAGUACCAGUCACAUUUACACAAUUUACAAAAUCUAUUGAGAGUCAAGAAAUAUGUGGACAAGAUAAAGUUAUAUCAAGCAUGAGCCAAGUCUACUCUACAAUCUCAACAACUGAGCAGCAUCCUGAUGCAUCGCCUAAUAUUGUAACCCAAGUUGUCACGACUGAAGUACAAAGAACUACAACUGUGUCAGUUGUCCAGGAGAGGAUUCCUGUCGAAUCCAUACAUGAACCUGUGGGUGCUACAGCCACAAUCCAGCCAGAAGUCCAUCCAAAGCCUAAACAAAAUGGAAGAAUAUACUACCCUAGUGACGUUAUAGAUCUUACCACAUUUAAAGUCAAUGUUACAAUGACUGACCAAGGAAUGGAUCUGACAGCCCCAGAUUUAAAUAAGUCUUCCUUCUCAAGUGACUCAAGUGGGCGACAGGCCACUGCUGUACAGCCUGAAAUUGUGAAUCUUAGUGCUGAAAUAAUCCCUACUACAACACUCUCUGUUGUAACUGACAGCAUAACAAUUGUCACUUGCACAGCUACAAUUGCCUACAACAACAACCCAGUUGACAAGCCUCUGGACCUAGGGCAUGCUGCUUUAGUGCCUCUUCCACUUACCACAUAUAAUCCAUUUGAGCCACUUGCACAGAUAGUGUACAGACCUGUGAAUUCACAACCUAAGCCUGCAACCAGUGAAGAGAUUCCUGUUAACCUUUCAUACAGAGCUGCAACCACAGCUCCUACUCUUAUGCCUGUAACUAUAGCCCCAGUGAGCUUCACAAAUGGCACUUGUGGUAAACCAAUACAUAUAGAGCCAUCGGCAGUUGGACCUGUAGACCUCACCACAUCUAAGCCAAUGAAAACCAUGGUUGCUUUGUCCUCGUCCUCUGGAGUGGUCACAACUGUUUUGGAAGAUGAUGGUACACCAGUUGAUCUAACAUCUGGAAGACAGACUGCUUGCUGUGAUGUUAUUUACAGGAUUCCUUUCACAGGGAGCUGUAGAACACAACCUCCUGUGACCACACAACCAGACAAUCAAAUUGGCUAUCAAAUUGAUAAUCACACAACACCUGUCAUUGAAGAUCUCACUACCAUGAAGGCUUCGAUAUCUGACAGUGAUUUCAGAGAGGCUGGACUCUUUGGUUAUGAAAGAAAGAAUGGAUUCACAUAUCAGAAUGGGGCAUCUGAGGGGGCUAUUGAUUUGACAUCAGCUAAAAUGUCAACAGAAGAAGCCUUAGACUACUCAAAGAAAGGCACUUUGGCAUUUACUGGGAUCACCACUACUCCAUAUUCUGAAGGAACGACAUUUGCCAUUAGUGGUUUACUAAGAUCGACAAAUGGAAUCGUUUAUUCAUCUGUUGCUGCACCCGUUCCCUCCACAUAUGCAAUUACCACCCAACCAGGUUCAGUAUUCAGCACAACAUAUAAUAGUCUCACCAAUUCUACAGAUCCAUUUUCAGCACUUCAAAAUCAGCCUGCUCCAUAUGGCUUUGUACACACCACAGCCACAGACCAUUCAAUAUUCCCACAGCCUGAAUUAUCAAAGGAUAUUCUACCUUCUGCAUUAGCCAAUCUCCUUCCCUCCCUGACAGCGUUCCCUGAGCUCUACUCAGAUGCUACUCUUGAGGUAAUAGCAGCCUCCCUGGACAUGCUGGUAUCCCAGAAUUUCCCUGAUUUAGAUGACAGCAAGAGCCAACAGUACAAGGCUGAACAUGAGUUCUUACAAUUAGAGAAAUUGAAACAGCUGUGUCUAGCGGAAGAACUUGAAUGGGAGAGGCAAGAGAUACAGCGUUACCGUGAGCAAGAGCAGAUCAUUGUUCAGAAGGAGCUGGAGGAACUUCAAAACAUGAAGCAGCAACUUCUAAUGCAGCAAGAAGAGGAACGCAAAACCCAUAUGAUUCUUCAGCAAGAAACUUUUGCACAGCAGCAAUUUCAGUUAGAGCAAAUCCAUCGAUUACAGCAGCAACUCCAGCAACAAUUAGAAGAGCAAAAGAUAUACCCAUACGGGUUCAGGCCAAGUAAGUGUAUUUCCCCACCCUUGAGCUCAGACAUCAUACUUGACUCAAAAUAUUCUGGGGGAGAUAAUGGACAGUACUGGCCAGUGAAGGAUGAAAAUUCAGCGUCAUCUGCAGUGUCCACCCAUGUCUCUACAUCAGGUCAAAACUGGCAAACAACAACUUCUGGGGCUUUUACACAGUAUAGUUCAAGCAUUCCUGCAUCAGUGAGUGCUCAGACAAAGGAUCAAAUGCAGUUGUCCACAAACUUGCCAGAUACAGCCAAGCAAGAUCAAAGUGUGGGGUUAAGUGGAAAGAAAUUGGUUGAGAGUGGUGUUCAAACGGAUGAUGAAGAUGGGGUUGAAAAGAUUCCUUCUGGUAGAAGGAGAAGAAGUAGGAGAAGUGUAGAUAGCUGUGUGCAAACUGAUGAUGAGGAUCAGGAUGAAUGGGAUGUCCCCGUUAGGAGCAGACGCAGGUCUCGUUCCAGUAGAUAUGCUGAUGGAGAGAAGGGAAAAAGCUCCAAGGUAUCAAGUAUUGCAAUUCAGACUGUAGCAGAGAUUUCAGUUCAGACAGAGCAUUCAGGGACAAUAAGGAGAUCUCCUGUGCGGGCUCAGUUGGACACAAAAGUAGAUUUACACAGAGAGGGCCAAACAGAAAGUGAUUCAGAAUUUAUGUCAGACAGAGAUAAAAGACGUCCAGCUCCUUCUGAGAUAAGUGUCAGCACACACCUGACAGCUGACGAUGUUGGAACAUUGUUAGUUACCAAAUCUCCAAAGGUAUUAUGCUCCCCAGUUUCACCAGUGUCCCCUGGAAAAAGCUCACAGAAGAUGCUUACUGCUGAUUCAUCGAGGCAUCUCAGUAGUCCAAGAUCACUAAGGGCCUCACAACGAUCUCUGUCUGACCCCAAGACACUCAGUCCGACCACUGAGGACAGAAUGAUGUACCAAUACUCAGACACCUACUCAAGCAAAGGUUCUCAGAGCGGCACACCACUUGGCACUCAGAAGAAAGUAAAACGCACACUACCUCAUCCACCUCCGGAAGAAGAUACCCUCAUUUGCCUCUCUGGGUACACCACUGCUUCUGCCAGAAGACGAUUGUGCAGGAACACCACUAUGGCACGGGCCAAAAUCCUCCAAGACAUAGACAAAGAGCUGGAUUUAGUUGAACGUGAGUCCUCAAAACUCCGUAAGAUUCAGGCAGAACUUGAUGAAGAGGAGAAAGAGAUAGAUGCUAAAUUGAGGUAUCUGGAGAUGGGUAUAAAUCGAAGAAAAGAGGCUUUACUGAAAGAGAGAGAGAAGAGAGAGAGAGCCUACUUACAGGGAGUGGCAGAAGAGCGAGACUACAUGUCAGAUAGCGAGGUCAGCAAUAUCAGAGAGGCACGAGGUAAUGGUCAUGGACUAGAACGGCCACGGACUGCCCCACAGUCAGAGUUUAACCAGUUCAUUCCACCACAGACUGAGUCUGAGUCCCAGUAUGCACAGCUUAUGAGUCCAUACUCCCAUUAUCAGUAUGAAUCCCAAACAAGUCAGUGUCCUCAACAGACAUUGUACCAGCAGCAGUCUCUUUACCAUCAGCAGGUGUCCCCCUACCAAUCCAUCUACUCAUCAGUGCCCUCACUCAAUCAGCAGUCCCAGCAGACUGGCUAUGACCAUUCCUCACUCCUCCUGAUGCAUCAGAAACCCCGUCAGACUACUUUGUCUGAUUUAGAACCAAAGAUUACGACAAACUAUGAGGUUGUACGCAACCAGCCCCUCCUAAUUGUCCCUACAUCCACAGAGAGUGCAUACGGAGUUUCCCAUCUCGGUGGCAAAUACAGUAGCCUUGAUCUGAGGAUGGGCUUGGAAGAGAGGGCCAGCAUGGCCAGCAGUCCCUUGUCCAGCAUAUCAGCUGAGUCCUUCUAUGCAGACCUUGACCACCACAAUGCCAGGAACUAUGUGUUGAUUGAUGACAUCGGCGAACUCACAAAGAGCUCUGCAGGCCUUGGUUCAAGCUUCAGUAUCGCUGAUAAGGAUAUAAGCAAAGCUGACCGACUUCUCCGGACGGCUGAUGUUCGUCGGACAGCAGAUGUGGCAGACUUUCUUGGACCUCUUCAGGCUGCUUCUCGAUUGCAUUCAUAUGAUAAAGCAGACGAAGAUUCCAUGGAAGAGCCAUAUGAAUUGAAGAUGUUAAAACAACAAAUUAAGCAGGAGUUCCGACGUGGUACGGAUAGUCUCGAACAGCUUACAGGCCUGCCUCACUACCUCCACUCUGACGUUAAUUAUAAGCAUUUCCCCAAAGCUGACAAAUAUAGCAUCGGGAGACUAACUUUAGAGAAGCAAGCUGCCAAGCAACUUCCGGCCUCAGUUCUUUACCAGAAACAGCUAAAGAAUAAAAAAGCACUAAUUGACCCCAAAAUUACAAAGUUUUCACCUAUCCAAGAGAGCAGGGACCAUGAGCUAGAUUACAGCACUUUUUUAUCAUCUGCCAGCUCAUCAGUUGGUGGACUGUCUGCCAGGGCAAGGCUACUGCAGGAUGAGAUCACAUUUGGUCUUAGGAAGAACCUUGCGGAGCAACAUAAAUAUUUGGGUUCAGAUCUUGGAGCUAGCCUGUCUCAGUCACUCAACUAUGGCCAAUCUCUCAAUCUAGGGCCUACCAUAAGGUCUUCCCUUCAUGAUGAUGGCACUUACCCCAGUGGCACUCGGUCAAGACCUUCCUCUAGGCCUUCCUCUGUAUAUGGACUGGACCUGUCUAUCAAAAGAGACUUGUCAAACUCAUCAUUACGCCUAAAAGCAGAGGGUGAGGGUAUGGAUUCCCAGUUUGUAUCUAGGGCUAAACCAACAAGUCUGCCAAUUAGUCAGAGCAGGGGUCGAAUUCCCAUUGUUGCACAAAACUCUGAAGAGGAGAGUCCACUGAGCCCUGUAGGUCAGCCCAUGGGCAUGGCCAGGGCAUCUGCAGGCCCACUCCCACCCAUCUCAGCAGACUCACGAGACCAGUUUGGCUCCAGUCACUCUCUUCCAGAAGUCCAACAGCACAUGAGAGAGGAGUCCAGGACAAGUGGCUAUAAACGGGACAUUGCCUUUAUAAAGGAUGACCUUCAGGGGGCCAUGUCAGAUAGUGAAGCUGGAGGUCCUAGCUGGAAUGUGAAAGCAUAUCACCUUCAGCACGAAGAGACAGACUGGUUUGACAAACCCCGCCAGGGACGUGGAGGACCAGAAGCUGGGGCAGAGAGAAGACAGAUGAAAGGCGGCCAUUACCCCUUCCCACACUCUCGCAUCAAACUGCAAAGGGACCCUAAGGACCACACCGUCUCAGGCAGUGGGCUGGGAAUUAGAGUUGUGGGUGGAAAAGAGAUUCCAGGGACCAACGGUGAGAUCGGAGCCUACAUUGCCAAGGUUUCAGCAGGGGGAUGUGCUGAGUAUACAGGAAAAGUUGUUGAAGGAAUGCAGGUUCUAGAGUGGAAUGGAAUCUCUCUGCUGGGAAAAACAUAUGAGGAAGUGCAAAGCAUUGUGGGUCAGCAGUAUGGAGAGGCAGAAAUAUGUUUGCGCCUAGACCUAAACAUGCUCUCCGGCACAGAACACCCUCAGCAAAUGGAGCACCAGACUCAGUUGAGAACUGGUGAGCAUCAGCGUUCUCCAGGUGUUGACCCAAAGCAGCUGGCUGCAGAGCUGCAGAAGGUAUCGCAGCAGCAGACUCCUGCUUCCGUGCUGUCUGCUCUGGAGAGAGCGGGACACUUGCACUCUGGCACCGGAUCUGCCGCUUCAAGUGGGGUCCCCAGCCCUGGGCAACCCGGGUCCCCUUCUGUCAACAAGAAGCGUCAUAGUAGCAAGUCAGCUGAGGUUCUGAAGUCACAACCGCAUCCAAUCACUGGUGAAAUACAACUUCAAAUCAACUAUGACAGGAAUAUGGGCAAUCUGAUUGUUCACGUGCUACAAGCAAGAAACCUUGCUCCUAGAGAAAACAAUGGAUACACAGACCCUUUUGUGAAGGUCUAUCUCUUGCCAGGGAGAGGCCAAGUCAUGGUUGUCCAGAACGCAAGUGCUGAAAACAAGAGAAGGAUUAAAUAUGUCCAGAAGACCCAGAACCCAGAGUGGAACCAGACCGUAAUUUAUAAAAACAUCCAUCUGGAGCAGCUGAAGAAGAAAACUCUGGAGGUUACUGUGUGGGAUUAUGACAGAUAUUCCUCAAAUGAUUUUCUGGGAGAAGUGCUCAUUGAUCUCUCAAACACAGCUCAGCUGGAUAACACACCUCGCUGGCACCCCCUAAAGGAGCAAAGCGAGAGUAUUCACAAUGGAAAAACACACCCUCCGCAGGGGCCCGACGGCUCCGGGGGAAACGGAGGUCAGGGCGGCUCUGGCAGUCAGGGGGGCCCUGGAGGGCCAGGAGGUUCUGGAGGUCAAGGAGGGCAACCAGAGAACCAGCAGUCCCCUAAAACCUCCGUCAUUAAGAGCCGAAGUCACGGCAUUUUCCCUGACCCUGCUAAAGAUACACAGGUCCUUACAAUAGAAAAGUCCCACAGUAGUCCCGGCAGCUCCAAAUCUUCCUCUGAGAGUCACUUGCGCUCCCACGGCCCCUCACGCAGCCAGAGCAAAGGCAGCGUCACCCAGGCCCACCUGGAAGAAGCCGGGAACGCCAUCGCUGCAGCUGAGGCUGCGGUGCAACAGGCCCGACUCCAGCCAAAUAAAGCAAACCACAAAAUAAUCGAUGGGGAUGCAUACACUCUGGACAGUGAAGAUACUUUGGGCACUAACGCUGUGGACAGUGCCAUAUUUCAGGUCCCUCAGUUGAAAAACAUUCCAAACGGAACCGAUAAAGGCAGAGGAAUUGAAUCUUUGAACCUGUCUGAUUCAGAAGGUAAGAUGAUGGGUGAGAUCAAGGUUGCUUUAAAGAAGGAAAUGAAGACAGAAGGAGAGCAGCUGGUUCUUGAGAUCCUGCAGUGCAGAAACAUCACCUACAAGUUCAAAUCUCCUGACCACCUACCUGACUUGUAUGUAAAGCUGUAUGUGGUGAAUGUGGCCACUCAAAAGAAGAUCAUAAAGAAGAAGACCAGAGUGUGUCGGCACGACAGAGAGCCAUCAUUCAAUGAGACAUUUCGUUUGAACCUGAAUCCUGUUGGCCACUCUAUACAGCUGUUCCUGGUGUCAAAUGGAGGGAAAUUUAUGAAGAAGACCCUGAUUGGUGAGGCCUACAUCUGGCUGGACAAUGUGGACAUGCGUAAGCGGGCCGUCAGCUGGCACAAGCUAGUGGCCACAACCAGUCAAACACAGCCAUAACCACAUGCCAUCCAUCUCCCAUCAAUGCCCUCCAAAAAAAGAGAAAUAAAACAGGACAAGGUGGGUUUGUGUGUCUGGAAUGACUGAUAGAUCAUGGAAAGAGUCCAUUCACCAAGACAGAGACAUGUAUGUCCACUCCCAGAGCACUGCUAUUGCAGGAGUCAUUUCUGCAACUACAUUCUACAUCUAACAUAUCUUAGGCAUGGGCCAAUUAUGACUACAUUUCAAUGUCAUUCCUGCUUUUAUUAAAAUACAAAAUCAUAUAUAUUUCUCGCAAAAAAACAUUGUUCGUAAGAGGAUAGAUGUAGCAUAUAGUUGACACAAUCAUGUGAUAUAUAAUGACCAUAUCAGACUAUGUUAUGCACUGUAUGGAGGUUAUACUGUAAGGAAGAAAGACAAUCAUAAAUAUAAUGGAUUCUAUUCUUUGAAUGCAACAUCCAGUCACACAGUUCAAUAUCCCUCCGUUUAUCAUGUCUUGAGUGUCGUCUUCAAUGUUUAGGGAACGUUGAAACUUCAGGUUGUGACUGACAUCAGCUAUUGGACAUGGAUCGGUCAAUGAAGUCGAGAUGAUCUGGGUUUCACACAUUCCUCCUGAUCAUUUCAAGAAUUUUGCCGGAUGCUAAAUGGAGGUGUGCUUUGUUUUUAUCGUCUCAAGUCCUCAAAUGUGGUUCUCUGAGGUUAAAAGGCAUCUAUUUUCAUCCCAGAAGUAUGAUUGUAUGUGUCCACCAUGUGUGUUUGUUUUAUGAACAGCAUCUUGAAGUAAAUGUCAUGUUAGUGGUCAGAUGUUGUCUCUGUUUUGUAACCAAGUUCCAAAUGUGACUCCAAAUAUGCAAAGAUCAAUAAUAAUAAUGAUAAUAACUAACGUACGUUUGAGUCCUCCUUGGCAUUUAUAUACGGAUUCUGGCUCAGUUGGCUUGAUUGAAAUCCUGAUGUAACGUUUUGUUGUUUACUUUAAUGGUGCAAGGUGUCUGUCCUGCGUCACGUGUCUCUGUUCCAUGGUGGUGCACUUUUGAUAUUGUUUUUCUGCUGUAAAGUUCAUCUGUUCAUGUCAGUUUAGUUCUUUUUCAUUAUGAUCACUGCCUCUUUAACCUCCGCCAUAUCAGUGUGUAAUGACACUAGUAUGUGCCAUUGAUAGAUAAAGGCACAUGUGUUUUGUCCGUCUAGGAUCUCAACACAAGACAGUAAUUUUCUAACUUAACAGUCAGUGUUUCCAUUAUCAAUAUCACUGGACAUCUUUCAAACAUGGAAACAGACUGUUUUCUUACCUGGCUAAUAAAAUGUACACUAACGUUUCUAUAUGAUUUAAUCUGCAUCUUGCACAAGUGGUGCACAGAUGUACCUGAAUAUAAGGUUGCUGUCAUAGUAAGAUCAACUAUUGUGUGCCAACCUGAUGUUUUAACCAAAUCCACUGGUUCUGUUUGGGUAAAUCUAUGCAACAUGGAUUAUGUUCUUUGAAUGCAUAAAUCUUAACAUGCGAUAUCAAGCGAGUGUCAGAAUAUUUGUAUAUCUGUUAAAGAAAAGGGGGAAAAAAAAGAAAUUAAUUAUAUGAAGAUUGUAUAGUGUUUAUUCUUUAUUUAUUUAUUUAUUACUUCCACUUUAUGGCACAGUACAUUUUACUCAUAUGCACUUUACAUUAUUGUUUUCAUAGGUUUCAAAAUGUAAUCGUAAAUAAUGAUAAAAUAAAUAU